GCGAAAGAACUCCGUUGGAGCCAAAGCCUCUAUAAACUAUUCAAACAACAACAUAGGCGGAAUGUUGAAGUAAACUGAAUGCGGCUUGAGGCUCGCAAUUCGUAGAGAGUCAAAGCGUUAUUGAUAGUAGAUCACGCACCCACGCAGUUACUAUUUAUAGUGUCAUACCAACACCUUCCGAAUAUCUAACACAGUGCGAUAAAAAAUCGCUAUGGCUGGAUUGAUUUCGGGUGCUUUAGGAGGAACGGUUGGUAAAUCAGCGACAGUGGCACCCAUCGUAGGAUUAGUUGGUCCGCAAGCCGCUAUUGGUUUAGCUGUAGUAGGUGGUGUGAUCGCUGCGCCAGUCAUAGUAAAUGCUGCUGUGGAAACGGUGGCUGUAGUUGGAAAGACGGUCGUUAGGAUGGUUGAAACUACUGCUGAAGUUGUGGGAACAGUUGCAUCUGCUGUUGUUGAGGCAAGCGUAGACACUGUUCUCACAUUGUGUAAUGCCCAUUACGUUACAGAACAAAAAUCUGGAAACGCGUCAGAAAGACGUAACAGUCGUAAUGAAAAUUGUACAAACAGUAAGAGUAACAAUGAAAGCAAACAAUCACAACAAAAUACAAAAACCAACAAACAAACGCAAUCAAAAGAAGCUGGAACUUCAAGAAACGCUGGCGAUAAUGGAGAUGAUCCCAGACGACGAAGAAACUUGAAAACUACGCGCAACUGUCAGGAUGAAACAUCGGAUGAAACGGAACCACACACUGGAGCUUCUCACUUGCACUCACGAACAGCGGUACAUACCAUACGAUUUGCUGGAGAAAUCAGGCGAGCUGCCGACAGGUCUGGCCACCAAGUUACAGAGCUUAUUGAAGACGGGGCCAGCACAAUCAGGGAUGGGUAUAUACGGCCACCGACACCUGAUAGCCAACUGCAAAGAGCUCACGUGCUACGGUUUAGGGAUAAUUUUGAGAUGUUACGCGAACAUUAUCCCGAGUUGUAUAGAAUAUUGUGCAGACAUGCAGGGCACACGCAAAGAAUUCCGAGAGUGUUCAAUGUGUUCCACAAGAUUGGUGGGAAAAUUGAUAAACUGCAGUAUGGGUGGAUUUUGAAAUUGUCUGAAGUAGAUUUUUCGGCAGGUCCCACAGCUGCAAAUCUAGCAAUUUUUGAAGCAUAUAGACAAGAAGUUUUAGAUUUGUAUGCCAGUGAGAUAAGAUUAAGAUACUAUAGCGAAGAGGACAUGGCAGAAAUAAGAAGGGCAAAAGAGAUGAUGGAAAACACAACGAGUGAAGAAUUGUUUGAAAAUGCUCUGGAAGGGUUUGAACUGGAACAUGACUACAACAAUCCCAGAAUAAGAUUGUAGUAGUGUAUGUUAUGUGGUGCUUGAAAACCAGCUUAAAAUGAUGGUAAAUAUAAAACUGAAAAGUCAUAAGAAAGAGGAACAAACGUAAACAAAUGAUUUGAGUAAACAAAGUGUAAUGAGCACUGAUUUUACAACAAUUAAUUGACAGAAGGCAGAAGACCGAAGACUGAAGACCUGAAGGCGGAAGAACUGAAGACGGACGAACUGCUGGCUGAAGAUUUAAGGUGAAACGCUGAAGAUGUUUGUAUAAUUUGACACAGGUCGUGUCAAAGGUCAAAUUUGCCGGAUUUUACAAAAGCUUCGAUUGAAUGACAAAAAUGUGAUGUAAGGCUACUUAAGGAUAAUGGUAAGGAAAGCAUCGCUCGUACUUCUAUAUUUGGGCACCUACGCGGUCAUGCCGGGCUAUACAUGCAGGCUUUCGAGACUUGUUAGUAUCACGUAGCUGGAUGGGCUGACUCAUUCUACGAGUGAAUGAUCGAUAUGAGACUUGAAUCUAUGAAGCGCAUGUCAAAAAGUUGUACGAGUUGAGAGCUGUAGCACUUGCAACAUUGGAUCAUAACCCCGUUCGUCGCUGAAUUUUAUUGUGGUACAAUUUUCUUUCAUGAACAGAGUGAAUUUCUCGAUACUAUCUAGCCAAUGACGGUUACUAUGUCGAAUCUAUUUGAAAAAACAUACAUUAAAACGUGAGCAUAUACUUAUUACUAUACAUCUUAUUUGCCUUUAAAAACUCCCUGGUUUUGUUUACAAUCACAAAAUAAAAUAUUCCUCGUCGAGAUUUUGAAAUAAUA